CAUAUAGUCCUCUUGGUCAAAGAACUGCUAUUAUAUGUUUUAAGGAGUUGUCGACCCCAAAGAAAUAUCCCCGGAAUACAGCGAUUCUCUGAGUGGCUGCGAGCCUGCGAACGUUGGCAGUCCGAAGGUAGCUCGACUCUUCUCGCCAUGGCGCUCUUGCUCCAUAUCCAACACCACACCCUCGGCCAUGGCUUCCAUUAUGCCCAGUCAUGCUCCCCGCGGCGAGCUUUACCAUGGAGCAAAAUCGGACUUGUUCCUACUCGGAGACGACGAUCAUUUGCCACCUUGCCACACGCCACUUUUCGUUCUAGGACUCAGAGGAUAAUGGAGAGAAUCUCAACAUGUAAUGAAGUAGGAGGUGCUGGAGGCUCUUCUUCUUAUGAAGCUUUGAAGAAAUUGGACCAGCUAUGGUCUAACAUAUGCUCACCCUCACCAGAUAAAAGGGAAGUUUACGAAGUUAUUUCUCGAAUUUCUGGUCCAUCUUCUUACAGUGAGGUGGAUAAGAACAAUUCCACAUGCAUAUUCCAUGUAGUAGUUUGUGGUGGCACUUUAGGCAUUUUUAUUGCCACCGCAUUAGUUUCUAGAGGCUUACGUGUGGGCGUUGUGGAAAGGAACCAGCUUAAGGGGAGGGAACAAGAGUGGAAUAUAUCAGAGAAAGAGCUUAUGGAACUUGUCCGCAUUGGGAUUUUAACUAAAGCAGACAUUGAACAGAUGUCCACAUCUAAGUUCAAUCCAAACAGAUGCGGUUUUGAGAAGAAAGGUGAAAUUUGGGUUGAAGACAUUCUGAACCUUGGUGUUUCACCAGCAAAAUUAUUGGAGACUAUGAAGAAACGUUUUCUUUCCUUAGGUGGCAUCGUGCUUGAGGGAAAAAGCUUGUCUAGCAUACACAUUUAUGACGAUGCUGCGGUUUUGAAAUUGAAUGAUGGUGAUACGUUGUCCGCACAACUUGUUGUUGAUUCAAUGGGCAACUUCUCUCCAUUGGUCAAACAGAUAAGAUCAGGCAGAAAACCCGAUGGCAUCUGCCUUGUGGUAGGCUCGUGCAGCCGUGGUUUUCAUGACAACUCAUCAAGUGACGUUAUUUUCAGCAAUUUUUCAGUGAAAAAGCUUAACAAUAUGGAAUUACAGUACUUUUGGGAGGCUUUUCCUGCUGGUUCUGGUCCUACAGAUAGAACUACUUACAUGUUCACAUAUGUUGAUGCAAAACCAGGGUCCCCAACGUUGGAAGAGUUGUUAGAGGAAUAUUGGGAUCUAUUGCCACAAUAUCAGGGAAUUGCUAUUGACAAAUUGGAAGUUCUAAGAGUUAUAUUUGGUAUCUUUCCUACUUUUCGUGACAGCCCUCUUCCAACAGCAUUUGACCGUAUUGUGCAAGUUGGUGAUGCUAGUGGAAUACAGUCACCAGUUUCCUUUGGUGGUUUUGGCAGCAUGACGCGACACCUUAGAAGACUGUCAGCUGGGAUAUAUGAAGCAGUAGCUGGGGGCUUCCUUGAUCAGUACAGUUUGAGUUUAUUGAACCCUUACAUGCCAAACCUAAGCGCAUCAUGGUUGUUUCAAAGAGCAAUGUCAGCACAACCGGAUUCUGAUGUGCCACCCACCUUUAUUAAUGAACUCCUUUUUUACAAUUUUCAAGCUAUGCAGAGGCUUGGUGAUGGGGUCCUUCGGCCAUUUCUCCAGGAUGUGAUACAAUUUGGACCUUUAGUGAAGACUUUGGGUUUGGUUAUGAUAUUCCACCCCCAGAUCUUACCAUUAAUAUUCAAACAUGUUGGCUUUGACGUGAUUCUUAAUUGGUUUGGGCAUUUUUCAAUGCUUGGUUACUACACAUUUCUGUCAAGCUAUGUUGAUCCUAUCAUAAGGCCAUGGAUCGAACUCCUUCCAGAAAAGAAUAAAUAUAAGUGGAGACGGCAUUUAGAAGCUUGGAAGUAUGGCUCUGGUUUGGACUACAAUGAUUCGAUUAGGUAGAUUUGCAAAUAUUUUCUUUCUUGAUUUUGCAAUUGUAUCCACUCAAUUUAACAAUCUCUCUCUUAAAUCCAAGUUUUUAUUGUAUGACACAGCACUCCUGCUGAGAUCAGCAGAUAGUCUCUGCAAUAAAAACUAAUAUAUCAGAAAUAGAAAGUAAAAAUGAUUGGCAAUAUUACUACAUUUUUAGAUGUUGAUUUCUCCA